AUGGGCGCUUUGACAGAACUCUGCAUCCAAGCUAACCACCUCCCGCAGAACAAGGACUCCCACUUCACCUACGUGCACAUGCACCGUGCCGCCGACGCCGACCUCUUCGACGACUUUUGCCGCGACAAGCUGCCCGACGACGAGAUCUACGUGCCGCCCCAGCACCAACCCAUCAACCCCGAGGACGAGGACGACGUCGUGCCCGACCAGCACGCCGCCUUCGGCAUCCAGCGCGCCACCCAGCGCGUCAACGAGCCCGCCUGGAAGGACCUGGGCCUGGCCUCCCUCAUGGACAAGGGGCCGGACGCGAGCGGCAAGAAGGGCGGCGGCAAGGGCGCCGUGGGAGUCAGGAACCUGCCUCGAUGA